AUGUUCAAGAACUCCGCUGCGAUUGCCCAACGUCUCGCGCGGAGCCGUGGGCAGACGCGCUUCGCCUCCACCAAGAGUGUGAGAGAGGUCCUCGAGGAAGUGGUUCCCAAGAAGCAACUCCAGCUCAAACAGCUCAAAACCGAGCACAGCCAAGCAGUUAUCGGGGAGAUCAAGGUCGAGCAUGUCGUUGGUGGGCAUUCGCUUCCACGGCCUCAGCAUUCCGAGUGUCAGAAGGUGCUGCCCCCUGCUCCAGGCGGCAAGGAGGUCAUUGCGGAGAGCAUGCUCUGGCUGCUUCUCACCGGAAAGGUUCCCACCGAAGCUGAGACGCGCCAACUCUCUCGUGAGCUCGCUGAGAAGGGGGAGCUACCCGAAUACAUUGAGAAGCUCAUUGAUUCGUUGCCCUCGACUCUGCACCCCAUGACCCAGCUUGGCAUGGGUGUCGCUGCGCUCAAUCACGAGAGCAAGUUCCAGGCCGCCUAUGAACGCGGCAUCAAGAAGAGCGAGUACUGGACAUACGCACUUGAGGAUUCCUUGGACCUGCUCGCACGCCUCCCCACCCUUGCUGCACGCAUUUACCGGAAUGUGUACCACCCCGGAAAGCCCAUUCCGAAAGUCAACAAGGACCUCGACUUGGUUGGCAACUACGUGAAUAUGCUUGGCUUCGGUGACAACCACGAUUUGACCGAAUAUCUCCGCCUUUACAUUGCUAUUCAUGGUGAUCACGAGGGAGGAAACGCGUCCGCCCACACCUCUCACCUCGUUGGUUCCACACUCGCCGACCCGUACCUCUCUUAUGCGGCUGGACUAUAUGCCCUUGCUGGCCCCUGCACGGGUACAGACUGGUCUCUCCUCGCCAACCAGGAGGUUCUGAGAUGGCAGAUGAACAUGCAGAAGGAGCUCGGGGAUGUUAUUACACAUGAUAACAUCAAGGACUUCCUCUGGAGGACCUUGAAGAGCGGCCAGGUUGUUCCGGGCUAUGGCCACGGCGUUCUUCGAAACCCCGACCCUCGCUUUGACGCCCUUCUGAAGUUUUGUGACACAAGGCCUGGCCUCAUGGCUGACCCCAUCGUUCAAUUGUCAAAAAGGCGCACUUUCGAGGUUGCGCCGGGUGUCCUCAAGGAGCAUGGCAAAUCCAAGAAUCCUUACCCCAACGUUGACGCCGCUUCCGGCUGUGUCUUGUAUCACUACGGCCUCCAGGAGUUCAAGUACUACACGGUUAUCUUCGGCGUCUCUCGUGCUCUCGGCUGCCUUACGCAGUAUGUGUGGUCUCGUGCCCUUGGACUACCGAUCGAGCGUCCUAAAUCGCUUUCCAUGGAUGCCAUCCUGCAGCUCGUUAAGUAG